GUCGGGAAAUCAAGCACUCUCUCAGAAUCCUUUGGUGAAUUGUCAUGAUAUAAUGGAACAUGAAAACCGGAGCUAUGUGUAAAAUUCAUAUAUUAGAUGAGGAAAAUCAUUGAUGAACGUUUUCUUUAAAGUCUGGGAACCUUAUGGCGAUAAAAUCUUCUGCUGGCUCUCACUGUGACAAGUUGCUCCAUGCUUGACAACGAGCAAAACAUCGAUAUCUAUUGUGGAGCAUCCUGGAAUUCUGAACUACAGUGCUUUACGUUGUUGUGGCUGACCUAUUAAUAUGGGAAACAAAGCUUCAGCUCAAGAGGCUAAAGAUCCAUGCUUGACAACGAGCAAAACAUCGAUAUCUAUUGUGGAGCAUCCUGGAAUUCUGAACUACAGUGCUUUACGUUGUUGUGGCUGACCUAUUAAUAUGGGAAACAAAGCUUCAGCUCAAGAGGCUAAAGGAGCUGGGAAAGACGUUAUUAAACAGACGCAGAAAAGUUCCAACGAACUGUACGAAUAUGUCGAUCUAAACGGAGGCGGAAAAUUGGUGGAAGCUUUCAGAAGAGGUCAAGCAAGGAAAGAUUUUACCGAAGUGGAGGAACUUAUUGAUGGAUUUCGAGGCAAGUUCUUGUAUAACGAUGGCGUUGGAAAAGAUAUUGAAGUAAAAGAACUUGUACAGUGGAGAAACCAGAGCCGUGAAGUGAAAGAACCGAAGGAAAAAAGUAUCUUUAGUUCUUUCUUUACCACCUUCACAAAUCGCGUCGAAGAUACAAUCGAAACUGUUGGUACAGAUAAUUAUGCGUUGACCGAAAACACUGGUAAGAGGAUUUUUAUAUGCUUUAUUACUAAGCGAACUUUCCAUAUCACAACUGUCUCCUGCACCAUCUGCUCCUUGGGCUGCUUGGGUUGCCAAAUUUCCCGGGCGAGGGGGGGUGGGGGAGGGGUGGGGGGACUCCCUUACAUGGAUUUUUUGCCAUAAAUUUUUUAUCAGUGGGGGAAGGGUGGGGACACUCUCUUACAUUUAUAUGAGCCACAAGUUUUUUAUUGGUAUGGUUGCAUUGUUUCAGUCUGAAAACAGGUAUAGACUUUGCCUAUUUUGGUCUGAAAUUGGGUAUGGUUUUCUAGGGAACUCUGGCUGUGUAUGAGCGAAUAUGUUGAAUUCCAGCUGAAUGAAAAAGAAAGAGUAAAAAAUGAUGCAAAUUCGAAAUGCAUGUUAUGGAAUCUCUUUGUUGGUGUUCUCAGUGUUCCAGCCAGAGUGCGCCAUUGCGUGAAUCCCGCAAAAGAUCGAGAGAAGGCCCCCACCAAAAGCAUUCAAGGGCCCUUUCCUUUUUUAAUUGCCUGGGCUUAAAAUUGUCUCUGUUACUUCAACUACAAUAAUUUUCCGAUUAAACAGAAUUUUUAAUCUAAAGAACAACGACUCUGUACCUUUGUACACAACAUGAAAAUCAAUCAGUUUACCUGAUUUACUGUCCCGUGGUCUGGAGACCACUGAGCCUCGACUUGGCUUUUGUAAUAUCGCAGAAGCUCAUGGGUAUCCAUCAUGGCGUCUCGAAAAAGGAUAAACCUGACAAAAUGCAUCUUCAAGGUCUAUCAAAAGUUUUUUCUCAGUAAAUAACGAAAAAGUGGAUGGAGGCGAAGCAGUUCAGAAUAAGCGAAUGGAAGCAGAUCUUGACAGUGAAGUGGAAAAUGAGAUGAAAAAAAUUACUGACUAUUUUUAUUGCAUACAUUCUGAUUGUAGUACUGUUUGCUCUAUUACCGAAGAUUUCCUCUAUUGUAUAUAAAAAGGGACGCUCCAUGACAGCUUCAAAUGAACUGGCAUUUUCAUUUCCUUAACUUUCCAACUGUUUCUUCUCUUUUGCAUAUUAGAAAGAUAUCGGUACAUUGGCCCUUUCUUGAAAUAUCUGGCCCCCAAAAAUGGGUUGUAGGGGCCACUUUGGCCCUCAAGCAGAAAUUAUGACAUAGGUUCUUAGAGGCCAGGUCUGAAAACAGGUGGGGAAAGUUGUAAAGAAUCAGGUUCUGGAUAGAUCUAAACACAAGCUGUCAAUAUUUUCUAGACCCGGUCACGUCACUAUUGUGACCAUGCCCGGAAUAAUUUUGUGGGCCUACCAGCCCCUCAUUUCCUUGAUAUAGGCCACUUCAAAUUUUUGAAUAAGGCUUUCAAAUCAGGGCUAUUAGACAACAAUUUUGUCAUGCUCUGGGAAGAAUGCCAUCGGCACUCUCUGCUUUGUAGCAACUUAAGAGACCACAAUGCUGUGGCUAAGAGUUCAAGAGUUUUUUUAUCAAGUUUCUAGACAAUUAAAGUAGGCCGAGUUGCAUAGCUCUANUUUGCUCUAUUACCGAAGAUUUCCUCUAUUGUAUAUAAAAAGGGACGCUCCAUGACAGCUUCAAAUGAACUGGCAUUUUCAUUUCCUUAACUUUCCAACUGUUUCUUCUCUUUUGCAUAUUAGAAAGAUAUUGGUACAUUGGCCCUUUCUUGAAAUAUCUGGCCCCCAAAAAUGGGUUGUAGGGGCCACUUUGGCCCUCAAGCAGUAUCUUCUGGCUGGAACACUGUGUUCUAAUCUAAGAAAUGAUGACAUAGGUUCUUAGAGGCCAGGUCUGAAAACAGGUGUGGAAAGUUUUAAAGAAUCAGGUUCUGGAUAGAUCUAAACACAAGCUGUGAAUAUUUUCUAGACCCGGUCACGUCACUAUUGUGACCAUGCCCGGAAUAAUUUUGUGGGCCUACCAGCCCCUCAUUUCCUUGAUAUAGGCCACUUCAAAUUUUUGAAUUAGGCUUUCAAAUCAGGGCUAUUGGACAACAAUUUUGUCAUGCUCUGGGAAGAAUGCCACUGGCACUCUCUGCUUUGUAGCAACUUAAGAGACCACAAUGCUGUGGCUAAGAGUUCAAGAGUUUUUUUAUCAAGUUUCUAGACAAUUAAAGUAGGCCGAGUUGCAUAGCUCUACAAUGUACAUGUAGGAGGUCCUUGUGGUUCCAUUUUCCAUUAAUUUUGUUUGCUAUAAAAGACACCUGGGCUAGUCAUGUCAUACAUGUACUUUAGUAGCCAGAGGAAAUUGUAGCAGUGCAUAUUCUGACUUUCCUACUAUCAAUGAUUUUAGGCAAUAAAACUCGUCAAGUCUACUGGGAUAUCAACCUGCGAGCGGCUGUUGGUGAAACCAUCCUUCAUCUGUGUUUUCUGAAUGCCACUCGUGUGCAUUAUGAUCUUUCCAAGAUGAUCAUAAAAAGAUUUCCCAAUCUUGUCAAUGAUAUUUAUCUCAGUGAUGAGUACUAUGGUAAGUUUCAUGAAAAAAAAUAAAAUAAAAAAUAAAAUAAGAUCAUUAUAUUGAUGCAGCAAGGCUUAAGUAUUAUAAGGUGUUGGGUGUUACAUGUACGUUAUACCUUUUUACUUCAGGCCCAACUUCUCAGUUGUGCUUCAGGCUUGUACAUUGUACAUAUAAAUCAAAACUAUACCCAAGUGCCGUUCUGUGUUAUUAAUUUUUUGUUUGAAUCUUUUGUGGUUUAAUUUUAUCAUUGAUCCAACUUUGUCUCUCCUAUUGUGGCAAAUAUCAUGAUACUGCCCUAAACAGAAAAAAAAAUAACAAUAAUUUUGAGCCAAUUAUGAAAUCAAAACCACUCAUCUUGGUCACUUUUAUUUUUUUUUAUACUUUAUUGUAUUGAGCUUUAACUGUCCUUCUCAAAAGUAAUUUUUUGAAAGUGACAGUUAAACCUAGGUCAUAGAAAACUGGGGGACAAUUUGACAGAAAAAUUAAUAGAUAGUCAUGGAAUUUGACAAGCUUGUAGAUUAAUUACAAGCCAACAACUGGGGUGGGGGAUUUUACGGUAUAUCUAGAAAUUGUAUUUUAUAUUUAAAAAUGACACAAAGCGGGGCUGAAAUCAAUAAAUUAGAUAGCUAACGGUGAAUAUAAAUUUUUAGUAUGUACUAAAACAGUGGAUAGUGUUUCUCGCGUGCUCUGAUUGGCUACUCAGUGAAUAUCCUGCACUAUUCACUGAUUCACCUCCAGUUCCUCCGAGCGAGCGAGCGUUGCCAAACUUGCGUAGGUUGCGAGCAAAAUGCCUUUCCGUUUGCUGCCGUAACAAACUAAGAAAUUUCACAACUAAUCAAGCAAGCUAUUUCCAAAACACAUGAAGAAGGUUUGGAAGUUUUAACAGGUAAAGCUUUGUCUUUUUUACUUGAAUUUAUCAAUAAAUCCAGUGAAAAAGUUUUUUGUUUACAAAUGCAAAUUAAGCUUAUAAGUCUUGCAUUACUUUAUUUAGUUGACUUGUUCAUAAAUAAGCUUAAAACCAAAUUUAAUAAUCUUUUUUACAGAAUUAUUUUAAAUACAAAAAGAAUUCACAACUCCUUUUGAAGAAACUUUCCCGCAAGAGCUAAACAAAUGCCUUCAAAAGUUUUAUUUGUCGCUAAGAAAAAGCGACGACCUCGGCCGUUUGGUCAUCGUGCGCCAAAAUUGUAAUCGUUGGCAACAGUAAAUGAGUUAAAAAAUCAUCAUUUUUGUGCUCAAUUAUCUCACUGUUUUAGUAUAUACUAAAACAAUUAUUCACCUCAGUGUCGAUGGCUAGUAUUGGAUAUUUACCUCGCCGCUUCGCGGCCUCGGUAAAUAUCCAAUACUGGCCACCUCCACUUCGGUGAAUAAUUGUUAUUUAUAUUGGUUUUAGGAGAGAGUGCUCUGCAUAUGGCAAUUGUCAAUGAGAAUCAAGAAAUGGUACAUUAUCUUUGUAAGCACGGAGCAAACAUACAUGAGCGAGCUCAUGGAGCUUUCUUGAUGCCAGAAGAUCAGCGCAAGUCAAGAAGAGACAACUUUGCUCAGGAAGAAAUUGUUCUUAGUGAUGUGACUAAUUAUGAAAGGUUUGUAUUCUAAUGUGUACGUGUAUAUUCUAAUGUGUGACCCUUGUUUUUCCUGUAGUGGAAUUUUAGUUGCUUUACAUGAAUGCGUUAACUCCCAAUAACUCAAACCUUCAAAGGAUAUCCAAAAAAGGUUCAAGUUAUCGGGAGCAGACGCGGAAGAAAGUACAGCUGUAGAUGGGAGUAAGGGAAGAAAAUCAGUUUUUACUGCACAGUAAACAUAAAAAAUCUCAUUUAAUUGUAGAAAAUGUUAAUAAGUGAAAAUUAAAAGAUACUUUUAGAUCAUAAAUCAGAAUGUAACAUGCCAAAACAUUGCCUAGAUAGAGCAAGUAUUAAUUUUUUACUGUUUUGAGAAGUAAAGCUGUUUCAUGUUAGAUUUGUGACAAACAACAUCAGCCUCCACUAGCAUCCUAACNAUGGCAAUUGUCAAUGAGAAUCAAGAAAUGGUACAUUAUCUUUGUAAGCACGGAGCAAACAUACAUGAGCGAGCUCAUGGAGCUUUCUUGAUGCCAGAAGAUCAGCGCAAGUCAAGAAGAGACAACUUUGCUCAGGAAGAAAUUGUUCUUAGUGAUGUGACUAAUUAUGAAAGGUUUGUAUUCUAAUGUGUACGUGUAUAUUCUAAUGUGUGACCCUUGUUUUUCCUGUAGUGGAAUUUUAGUUGCUUUACAUGAAUGUGUUAACUCCCAAUAACUCAAACCUUCAAAGGAUAUCCAAAAAAGGUUCAAGUUAUCGGGAGCAGACGCGGAAGAAAGUACAGCUGUAGAUGGGAGUAAGGGAAGAAAAUCAGUUUUUACUGCACAGUAAACAUAAAAAAUCUCAUUUAAUUGUAGAAAAUGUUAAUAAGUGAAAAUUAAAAGAUACUUUUAGAUCAUAAAUCAGAAUGUAACAUGCCAAAACAUUGCCUAGAUAGAGCAAGUAUUAAUUUUUUACUGUUUUGAGAAGUAAAGCUGUUUCAUGUUAGAUUUGUGACAAACAACAUCAGCCUCCACUAGCAUCCUAACACCUCCACUAUGUGCCUACAACACAUCAAUGGGAAAUUCAAAAUUCAAUGUUUCAGACACCAGUACACUGUUUUUCUCAACUUUUUAAAGGCUCAAAAUAUGGUUCAAGUUAUUGAGAGUAAAGUUAUCCACAUUUUUUAUAGACAGAAAUGAUCUGAGAGGAAACAAAAAUUGCUUUCAGUUAUCGGGAGGUUAGAGUUAUCAAGGGUUUAAGUUACUGAGUGUAAAUGUAUGAUGUAAAUCCAGGGGAAAGUGAUUAUGGUUCACGUUACCUGUACAGCUGUAGGGUGAGGUUUGAGUUAGUGAGGGUUUGAGUUAUCUGGAGUCAACCAUUAAGUUUCAUUAAAAUGUACAGUAUGUGGCCCUUGGUCCGUGCAAGUCCUCGAUGCUAUUGGUCCGCGACUUUUCCGAAAAUGAUAAAAUAUUUCAUCGCGAAAAAAAAUAGGUUGAAUAAUGAAAGAUAUCGUGAUUUACUGAUUAGCAUUCUUUCAUAUGACGAAGUUUCGGCUUUCUUGUGGGUGGAGACGCGAAGUUAAAGUUUGUUGACAGGUAGGUUAAUUUGUCUUUCUUUAAGUUUGGAUUUUUGGGGUACCGUAAAUUACAUGGUCAUGUUUACUUAGCCUGCGAAUAAAUAAAAUGCAACGGGAAGACGUGCCUUUUUGCAGAACAGGUUUUCAGAUCAACUUAUUUCUGCUGUUGGAAGCAUAUUGCUGUAGACUCUGAAUUUUUUGUUUUAUUGACUCUAUCUAUGACCUUGGUUGAAUAAAACUUCCCAAAAUAAAAAGUGACAGCCUUUGUUUUCGAAGAAUGUUUUGAAAAUCGUCCCUACACAUGUCUACCAGUUUUCUUUUUUUGAUACCUCGAAUACAUACAGAGUUUUUGGUAAUUAUUUUCAACCUCGCUGAAAACCGCUCGUCGACGCUUGUGUGGGAUACUCGAGGAGACUGUUGUCUGAAGUCUUUGAAAGAAAAGCAGAUUAUUUUAUACUCACAACAUCUUCUGAAAAAAACUUUACCUUAAUUGUAGAAGAAAAGAAAAAAAAUACAUGAAAUAUUGUGAAAAUCACGUUUUCGUGUGGAAACUAUAACAUUUUUACGUUUUUUUCGUGCUGCUUGCCUGAGACGCAGACCUAGGACCACAUUCGCGGACCAAGGACCAUCGAAAAUGGUCGCCUUUUUUUUCAGGAUUAUUGAGAGGAACAUAAAAGCUAUCUUCAGGGAGUAUUUCAGCUCGUUACGUGAAGAUUCAGGUAAUAUAUUCAAGUUAAUGACUUUUAGACACGGACCAAGGACCACAUACUGUGCACCUGGAGCAAAUAAAAUUUCAACCGUGUCAUUUUACUGAACCAUGACAUCUAUUGUGGGGAGUGAGCUGAUAUUUGUUUAGUCUUGGUGUUGUACAUUUACCUCCAACUUCUGCAGUCAUUAAAAAUAAACAAAAAUCUUCUAUGAUUUUCUGCUUCUUUCAGCAACACAUACUGGGGAGAGUAUCCACUGUCAUUUGCUGCUGGACUUGGCUUGGAGGAUAUGGUGCGAUACCUGUUAGCGAAAGGGGCGUGCCCCAAUAAACAGGACACAAAUGGCAACACUGUCUUACACAUAAUGGUUAUACAUGACAAGUUGGUAAGAUUUAAGUUACUUAUUUGGUAUGAUUGCAUUGUCAGGAAUCAUGCUUUAAUGGCAGGGACCUUUAGCAAUGACGAUGGCAACAAUGGUGGAAACUUGACCCAAAAUUAGGAUUUGCGCUGUUUUAAAUUUCAUUGGUUCUAUUCCAACUCUUCUAGUUUGUCAUAUACUGUAAGUUGGUGACUUAUUCAGGAGUUACAUUCUAAAGGACUUUAUCCAGUGAUGCCAACUCUCCCGCUUUUGGCGGGAGACUUACGCUUUUUUGCCUCGUCUCCCGCUCUCCCGCUUUGGUACAUAAAUCUGCCGCUUUUUACAUCCACUAUAAAUAUUGAAUACUUAGUAAAAAAUAAAAGAGACUUAGUUUGAGAUUUAGCCCAUUUUUAGCUCAAAACUUGAAUUUUUCUUAUUCGCAGUACGGUUUCUGGGGCAUUUUUGCACGUAUUUAGUCAAUGACAAAGAUUAUUUCUACCAUCAAAAUUUUGAUUUUAGGUCUCCAGAGGUUGGCAUCUCUGUUUAUCUAACUUCUGAAACAGAACAUUGUCAUCUUGUGUUCCUGUCCUCCAAUUCAGUGCACAAAACAUGAAAUAAAAAAGGAAGUUUCACAUCCUAGACAACUGUAACAACAUCACAGUGAUGUACACCUAUUUGAAUUAAGGUUGCCUCAGAGAAGAAUGAUGCAUGAUCUAUGUUUCAUAGCCUGCGGUGCAUUAUUGUAGCAUUAGUCUAGUAAAUUCAGGGCUUCUGACAGGUCGCGGAAGAAAUAGUCAAAUUUCGUGGGAUUUUUAGGGACAAAUUCGCGGAAAAAUCGGCCGAUUUAGCAGUAAUUUCAUGGGGGUUUUUGGGGCAAACAAUCAGUAAAAAACGGCCAAUUUUGUGGUUAUUUUCAAGGCAAAUUUCGCUAGAAAUCAAUUGGUUUUGCGCUGAACAGACCAGCGUUUUUAACGUUUUUCUUACAGAGGUCAUCAUUUGCUCUUUCAAUAACAAUACGCUCCAGAAAUGAACCAAUGGCGAAGCCUUCAACAUCUUUGCUAGUGCCCAGUUUUUUGCAACAUAUAUAAUGUACCCCUGUUAGUUUUGGGAUGUUGUUUGCACGUUUCAGUGACGAAGUUCUAAGAUAAUUUUGCAAGUUUAUGGCAAGUAAAUAGCCCCAAUAGCUGAAAUAAGUUUCAAAUAUGUUGUACAGACAUGUAUUUGAUAAGAUUUCUACCGAAUUUCGCGGUAUUUUUCGUGUUUUUGUAAAUUUUGCGGGAUUUCGUGGAUUUACCUGAAUUUCGUGGCUCCACGACUGCGUAAAAUAUCAGAAGCCCUGUAAAUUAUGUGCCCGCAACGAGCCUAGAAACCUAGAAAUUAAACGUUGCUGACGCUUCUAUGCUAUGUCAGCAGAACGUUAAGACAAUGUAUUUCAAAAUACUAAAUCCUAGGCUUUUUAAUUUAAGACAGUGAUUUGAGGUUAGGUUUUUCUCUGUGGUAAUAUGCAAAUGCUGCCAAUUUUCAAUGACUUUGCUUGGCUCGUACAUGUGGGAAUUUUGGAUGGAGUUAAAAAAAAAUCAAAUUCAAGGCAUUUGUUGAAGUACAAUAAAUGACUUAACAUUACGCGUUUAUCUAUUUUCUGACGCAAUUUUUUUAAAACUGAAUAAAAAAGGAAUAGGAAUGAAUAGCGUUGAUUUGCUUUAUUGAAAUAACCUGCAUUCUGGCCCAUGCAAAAAUGUAGCUUAAUCAGGGGGUAAAACCCUAUUCAUUUAAUGCUGUUAAAAGAAGAGGCUUCUAAUUUCUUAAUGUGAGCUAGAUUUCUAAAAAAAUGCUUAAAAAAAUGCUUAAAAAUUAUUGUUAGCAGCCAUUUGACUUGAAAGCUCUCUUGAACAACUUUUUUAGCUUGUCACAAUGGUCCCCAUUGUUUCAAUGAACAUGAACAAGACUGUACUUCCCGCUAAAAAAGGGUUUACCAUAGUGCACUGCAGGCUAUGAAACAUAGUUCAGGGGAGCAACCUUAAAUGAAAUUGGUGUAUACAGUACGUAAUAAAUUAUGCUUUUGUCAUUAUCUUGUGGUUCAAUUUUAUCUUUGGUUUAAAUUAUAUUUUUCUUUGUGUUGGGGUACAGUAAUGUUUGACAAUGAGUUUGAUACGAUGGAAAUUAAGAUUAAACCAAGGAUAAAAUUGAACCAUGACAUAUAUAACUCUAUUUUAAAUUAUUAAUUUUAAAAAGUACUAAAUUUCGUAUUAAUUGUUGUAUUUCAAAGUUACACGUUUUCCCAAUUCAGGCCAUGUGAUGUUCUCCAGGGAAUUAAUUUGGCUUUUAUUUUUUUCUUAAAUCAUGCAUACAGUUUGGUAUUAUUAUGCACAUGUACGCACACGUAUAGGACAACAUUUGAUAUAAGCAGUUCUUUGGGGUACCAUCUCCUGGUCUGAAAUGACAGGGAAACAAAACAUACAAGCUAAAAGUCUAUUUGCUGGGAAAACGUUGACCUUUUGGUGGGGUCCAAUCCUCUCCCAGGAUCUUACAUUAAUUUUGUAGAUCUCACAGACCUUCCACAGAUUUGCAUGGAGGACAAAAUUUCUGAAAGAUGUGAAUGGUAGAAAAUUAAUUAUUGUGAAAUUUGAGAAGCAAUAAUGGUAAAUUUAGACAUUUUCAAGCUGAGAUCCUGGUUUAAAGAGUUGAGUAAUCUGUGACUUGAAAAUUAGAAUGCGACCAAAACUGUGAGAUCAGAUCAAAAUUUUCCUAGAUCUUAGAUCCACGAUUUUCUUGGUAUCAUAAUUCCUCCACACGUAGUUUGAAAAAAAACUCGUUAUUUUGUAGAGUGAGUAAUAUUACCGAGGUUUUGUUUUCUUAAAAAAAGUAUCUGUACUGUAAGUAAAAAAUAAUUGUUGUAAAAUUGUAACAUUGGUGUUGUUUGCAUGUACAUGGAUUACUAGGACAUGUAUGACCUUAUUCUUGAUAUUGGCUGUCGCUGUCGAUGUGAAUGUUCAAAGCCACUCACAGACAUUGUUAACAGAAUGGGUUUCACACCUUUGACCCUUGCUGCCAAGCUGGCUAGAAAAGAGGUAAACUUGUUAAACUCUGAUAAUUCUAGUGCUGUUAGUCAGCUCAGCCAUCAGCUUUUUGUCUACAUACUGUACAUGCAUUCUGUAGGCUACAUCGUAUUGUAAAACUGUGUAGACAGUAGGAUGAUUAUACAUGGAAACAGUACAUGCAGUCUUAAUUGGUUACCAAAAUGAGGUGAUAUUAGGUUAUGUUACAGGAUAUUAUAUAUAUAUAUAUAUAUUAUUAAAAAUAUUAAUGAUAACAUAUACCUUUUAUUAGCCGAGUUUUCAGUCUGUGAUUUUUGGCCCAAGCGCAAAGUGUGUGGGCCAUAAAUCAUUGGAAAAAAAUGAAGAUCCGUAAAUAUUAAUUUACGGUACGGACCAAAAAAAUGAGGCUAAUAAGAUAUUUAUCAUAAUGGCUUUCUGUCCUGUAUGGCUUCCUGUCAUUUGACAGGCAUCAGAAAAUGAAAGUUUUUUAAUUGGGUCAUGGAAACAAUAGCAAGGCUUUCCAUUAGAAGUAAAAUUGCCAUGUUGAAAGAGUUUAUUCAGUCAAUACUAAGAGCACUGUAAGUAUUGUUGUCUUAUUUGUCAAAGGAAUUGCUUGUUUUCUCUCAGGUAAAACUUUUAGAAUCUUUGCCAGUCGAUUUUCGUCUUUUUAGCUGUUUACUGCAAUCAAAUUUUCAAACACUGGUUAGAAUCCUCUUCUUCAAUAAAAUUACGAUUCAGUUUCUUCAUUGCCUCUGUUAACAAGUAAACACAGGUUAAAAAUGUUGAAGGAUGAAGUAAACAUCCAAGUCCUGAAGGUUGACAGACGUCUUAUAACUUUCUUUAAACCUUUUGUUCAAGAUAAAGAGAUUUAGAGAGCUGCUAAAUGAGCAUUUGCUUUGGAGGUUUUGGUCUGUAUAGCAAUGUACGGACUGCAAAUUGACCAAUCACAUUGUGAAAAACACAUUUAGCCAUAUGAUAAAAAUAAUUAUUAUUUAUGUUAUCAUCAUUAAUGGUGGCGUGUGAAAGUCGCAUUUUAUAACAUUGUCAUAAGUGUUGUCAUGGCUUAAUUAGCAGUCAUCGAUGAGUAACUGUUGUUUUACUUCUAGUUUUUGGGGCUUAGUUGUUCACCUCAAAGUCAUGCAACUACAGUUGUAGCUGUAGCUUUGGUGAAAAAUGAGUUAAUAAUGCAUUUUGUGAUGUGAUACUCAUGUAAAUGACAUGAAAUACAGUUCUAAUUUCUACAUACAGUGUGCAUUAUGUGUUAGUGCAGACUAUAAUUUUUUGGUCUUCAAAUUACAAUCAUUUGCUUUAUACCUACAGCUGUAUAUGCUAGUGAAUAAUAAAAGUGUAUUGAUACAUUUAUUUCUACUUUGUUUGUUUCAGAUGUUUCAUCACAUACUUACUCGUGAGAGAGAAGUUUUUUGGCAGUAUGGUGAAGUCACUUGCGCUGCAUUUUCUCUUAAUAAUCUUGAUACAGUAAGCAAACUUAAUCCUACUAGAUUUGCCAUUACCUUUUGACAUUAAUUUAUAGUAAUAAAUAGCUGAAUCAUUUUUAUAACCUUAAUUGCAGUUUUCAUGAAUAUUUUUGUUUUUAUGGUUUUCUUUGUUUUUAAGUUCAUAUGUAUUAAGUGUCUUGUUUUACAUCCUUUGACCAAUCAGUUCUUUUGGAGAAUUAAAAAAAAACACAAAACAAACAAAGAAACGAGUGAACAUAAGUUAAGGAUUUCCUCGACUCAAAUGCAACAGCACAGCAUCCUUUAAGGUGUAAGAUAAAUGAUUGUUUAUUAAUGUAGAUUACAACAACUAGUCACACACAAAUACAUGUUGAGGGUCAAAUUUGAUUUCAGGUUAAUUUUAAUUUGACCCACAGUGGGUUGAUUCUCAAUCCUUUGUCUUCAAGGGCUAGGAGACAAAGGAGAUUGAGAAUUAAAACUAGGUUAAAGAUUUUUAAACAUGAACUUAAAUUUGACCUGUAACAUACAUGCACAAACACAUUUAUUUUGUUCUAUAUGUAAUGUCAGAUUUUUGUAGAACAUUGAUGUGCCCGUGCCGUUGGGCAUGAAUGAAUGUUUUAUGUAUUUUUAACAUCUUUAUUUUCAUAUUUCAGGUUACCAGUGAAGGACACAUCAACGAGAAAUGUGCAUUAAACAUAAUCACACAUGAAGUGAGUAAAGAAAUUUUCUUCUCUACAGGCAGAGAGGAUGUCUCUGCAAAUUAAACAUUACACGUACAAUGUAUUAUCGUUCAGUGCUAAUAAUUAUUUGUCCUUCUCAUCGGCUUCAGGGCCCACCAUGUAACCUGCAAAUAACUGCGUACAAAAAAUGAUCUGGUCAUGUGCAAUCAAUGUCAUCUAACUGGUUUGGGCUGCAAAUAAUAUUCUGCUCAUGCAUGAAUGAAAUCACUCUUUUCUCCUUUUUGCAAUCCCUCUUGUGUAAAAAUGGCAGAUUGCUUCCCGAGGAUAUUCCUUAAAAAACAAUAAUUACUGGGUGAUCGAAUGAUUUAGCAAUAAUAUUAUUGAACAUGUAUGUGUACAGUCUAACCUCUUCUUACGGACACCUCGAUAAUACAGACACCUCUCUAUUACGGACAGUUUGUUUGGACCCAGAAAUGCCAAAAAUCAUACAUUCCCUGACCUCUAUAAUACGGAGACCUCUGUAAAGUGGACACUUGGUUCUGUCCCUUUGGUGUCCGUAUUAAAGAGAUUUGACUGUAUGCCCCUAGGCUGAAAAAAUUCCAAAAUCCAUUGUUUUGCAUGUUGAGGAGGUAGCAUGUCUCUGUAUGUAUUUUACUACUGUAUCAGCUAUUGUUGUUGUUACUGUCCUAGUUUCAACCUUUCUUUAUGAUGCUUGUCGCCAUCUGUCUGUCUUAUGUCGCUGUUUCAAGGCUAUAAGUUGCCUGUUGGAAUUUUAACCCUAACAUGGCCUCAUCAAUGUCAAGCAUUAUGUUCUCAGUGGUUGGCUGUGCUUAUAUAAUUACAUAAUGUAUCUUUGAUACUUGAAGCUAGCUGCGAAUCUUGUUUCAUGACUUUUGUCUUUGUUGUUGUUGUUCUUUUGAAGGAAUCUGUGCCUCACUUGGACCUUUUUGAUGGGAUUCUGUACAAUUUGCUCAAGGAGAAAUGGAAGUAUGCCUGCCGCUACAGGUUUGUUACAAAAGACAAUGUAAAUAUGUACAUAAGACAAUGUAAAAGGGAAAGGGAACUGGAAAUCAUUCAACACUAGCCUUUCACUCGGUCAGUCUAGUCUGUCGCAGAAGCCCAUUACAAGGAUUGAGCUCAGUACUAAUUCCAUGUGCACUUGUGUCACAACAUUUUUUUUUACUGACCAGUGUUUGGUUCGAAUUUGGAAUAUCUUUUAAGUCCCACAAACCAGUCUGCAAAAACUACAGACCAUAAAAUGGUAUUUUUGAGCAUUUAAUGGCCUUAAGUUUUCCUUUUGACAUCUUAUACUUUAAAUUGCAUUUUAUAGGGAAUCGAAAUUAUAUCUAAAAAUAAACUGGUCCGUGAAAAUGCUGUGAAAAUAACCCUUGAAUCACUAACAAUUGUUUAGGAAAGGUCUUCGUGUCUUCUAAAUGGCAUGGCAGAUGCCACUGGUUGUGCUAACUUCCUUGUGUCAGAGGGGGCGGAGCAUCUUGAAACGUGGGGGGGCUCAUCUCUCACUUAGCCAUGUGCAUACAUACCCCGCCCAAACCUCUUUGCAAUCUUCACAGUGUCUAGUGUGUCAGUAAUCAAUUUGUGACAAUGCAUCAGUAGGCAGUUGUUCAGGCGGCCCUGCUUCGUGGUGCUUCUUAGGUAGUUCUUGAGUCGUCUGAGGGUAGAAAAUGUGCACUCUGAUGCCACCAAUGCCACAGGUUAUGUCACUUGCUAUAUUUUCGGCACCGAAACAUGUGCCCCCCAUUUUUGUUUAUGCGGACCACGGCCCCUCCUGCCUCUUGCUGCGCCGCCUAUGAGUCGGGAUGAGGGUGCAAGAUUGCUGUGUAGGUUGAGGGAGGUACUAACUAUUGAAUUAAAAGCAAUGUUAAGCUAAGAUGCAUCUAAAGUACAUCUAUUAUUACUGUUAUAAUAUACACAUUGACAAUAACAAUAGGUUGUUGUGAAAACCUAAUACCAACGAGAUUUUAAUAAUACAGCAGGAUACCUUCGUAAAUUUUGGGCCAGGUCUUGGGUUCAGGUACUAUUAUCAUUUUGUCAGUCAAUCAGACAGUCAGUUAUUCAGACAUGCAUUUAUUGACACAGUCAGCUGGUCAUUCGGUUAGUUGGUCAGACAGUAAAUCAGACCUUUGUGAAGACAGUCUAUCAGAUGGCCAGUCAGUCAGACUGUCAAUCAGACAGUCAGUCAGUCAGUCAUUAAUCAGCCAGACAGUGAGAAAGUUAGUUAAUGAAUGAGGUAGGCAUUUAGAUAUCGAUGGUCAGACAUUCAAUUAGCCAGUCAGACAGUUAGACAGUCAGUUCAUCUUUUGUGAGAGGUGAGCCAGAGUCACUCUGUUUAUCCCUUUAGUUCAUUAGUUUAUGGUAUUUACAAUGAAAAACCACCACAUUUUGAAAUACAGGUAGUCAUUAUUGCUCUAAGGUUUCCAUAGAGCAUAGACUCUUUUCUUUUCGUUGAAUUGUGCAGCUCGAUAUAAUCUUCAUAUUGUAUGUCUUUACUUUGGUAUAAACUAUCGCAAUUACUUGCGAGUUUGGAGUCGCCCCAAUUCUUCUUUUUCUUAUUCCAGGUUUUAUCAGCUUCUUGCCCUGUAUGUUGUCUUUCUCAUCGUCUUCAGUAUCGCAAUGCUUCUCCGCCCGAUUGAAGUAAGUCUGUAGCAUCCUGCUUCAUUAGUACAGUCAAACCCAAGCAAUACGGUCACUGAGGGGGCCAUAGAUAGUGUGCGUAUUAACGGGGUGCCCAAAUGUAGUGGGUUGAAAUUAGUGAAAAUGUAGACAAAGCAAACUGUCCGUAAUACAGUCAACUCACUUUAUUGCGGACACUGUAGGGACUUCGAGUUAGCGUCCUCUUUAGUGAGAGUUCAUAAUAGUGGGAGUUUAUUUCAGUCAAACCUCUGUAAUUUGUUUUUUCCGGGGAUUUAACUACUGUCCGUAUUACAGGAUUCGUACAGGUCAUGGAAAACAUGGCCGAAAGUCAUUGAAUUUAAGACUUUCAUUUUAAAGGCCUGGAAAGUCAUGGAAUUUCAUUGUCGAUCCUUGAAAGGCAUGGAAAUUUAAAGUUUUCACCUUUGUGUGGUAGAUUAGUUACCGCAGAUGACAAAGCAAGGAUAACGAAGGAUAAAGAGGAGUAACCAAACAGCGUGAACUGCACGCAUUAAAUGGUGGAUACCAGAGUUUGUUUCUGUUGAACUGUUUAAGGGCCAAAAAUAUGCUAAAACAGGUUAAGUUUUCAAAAUUUUAGAAAAUGACAGCUAAACCUGAGGUCAUGGAAAAGUAAAAAAGGUCAUGGAAAAAGUCGUAAUAGGUCAUGGUAGGAUACCUUUUGGGGGACCCCUUUCUUGGACCCACUUUCUUGAAAAAGGGCCCCCUGAAAUUACAGAAGGGGGCCCAUUUGACGCUCAUUGGCCAAUUUCUAGAAUAAACCCUGUAACCGUGGGGAAACUUAGACGCCUAGCCGUUCAAAGUUCCGUGAACAGAGCGAAAAUAUUUCACGUUCCCCUGCCAACGAUGUGUUCGGUCAGUUUUUUUUUUAUCCGAUCGAAAAUUCGUCCGUAACCUUAACAGAUGAGAGUGUAUAUUUAUAAGAUUUUUUUAACUCAAUUUGGACAGGAAGGGGGCUGCGUUGAUGAGCUCAGUGAUACAAUAAAUAACUCUACCGGAAGUUUGAUGGGGAUCAAUGCUACAUCUACAGCUCCUAUUAAAUGCGAUGACUGUUUCCUUCUUACAACAGUUGAAACAAGCACCACUCAACAGGUCAGAACACACGGACAAUCUUGAUUUUACCGUUGUCAAUACAGUAAAAACCCGCGUAUAAGAACCUAGAAUUUUGGAGUUCAGGCUGAACAGGUUCUUAUAUUUUGGGGUAUUUUUUCCAAUAACAGGCUGAUUAGGUUCUUAGUAGGUUCUUAUUUCCAAACGUUGUCAUAGUGAUAGCAUUUGGGGGAACUGCAAUAGUACUAAUAUGCUAUAAUUGUAAAGCAUUUUCAAAAAUGUCAAGCCUUGUUGUCGAAACAAGUCCUGUAUCAUGGUCCAAGAGAAAAGUCCUGUAUUUUUUUAUAUUGUAUUAAAAAAAAACUGUUUUGAUUUUUAAAAGUGCUGUACAGUUUUUAUGACUGUAUUUGUAACUACAGCAAAGUUUAAUGGAAUGAAUAAUAUUUUUUUGGUGAGGCUGAAAAGCAGUACACCACAAAAAUUUUCACAAUUAAAAUCCAGAAUUUGAACAUAAAAUCUGGAGUGUUUUUUUUAUAUAAGAACCUAUUUUUCUUUGUCAGGCUGAAUAGGUUCUUAUAUAUUUGGGUAUUAAAAUGCAAAAUUUCAGCCUGUAGGUUCUUAAAUCACUAGGUUCUUAUACGCGGGUUUUUACUGAUCAGUGCGUGCUGAUCUUUUACCUUUAUUAGUCAGCUUGGGAAUGAUCCUUAUUCACCGUGCAAGAUACACUAAUGAUAAUGAAAUGAUAAUAAUAAUAAUAAUGAUCAUAAUAAAGAUAAUAAUAAAUGGUAAUGAUAAUGAUAAGUAUUACAUUGCGGCUUCUCGAACCGGAAAAAUCUUUGAUCCUCUGAAAUAGACCAAUCGCAAAUGAGGACAGUUUCCGGAGAGGUCAGGAAAGUUCAAAUGGAUUUAAACUUUUUAAAUAAUGCAUUGUUGAAAUACUUAAUGUUGUGAAAACGGCCGGCAAUUCGCCGCACCAUCAUUGGUUUCCCCGCGAAAUGACGUCUUACCAUGCUGAUGAUGUGUCACUACCCAGAUCUGGGUGGUGCUUCUGGGCUGAGUUGCUCAAAGCAUGGUUAGCUUUAACCAUUGGUUAAGCAGUAUCAAAACCAAUACGUUGUCAAGGUAUUAAACGCUGGUUAACGCUAACCAUGCUUCGAGCAACUGGGCCCUGAUUGAUUGAAAAUAUACUUCAGCUAAUCAGAAGCACUACCCAGAUCUGGGUUUUGACGCGUCAUCAGUAUGGAAUUUCUGCGCUCGACGUCAUUUCGCGUGGAAACCAGUGGUGGUAUCGUGAUUUGUCGGCUGUUUUCUGAUGCCAUUGAUCCGCUCUAAAAAAAACUUAAGGAUAUUUUGUUUGCAAAAAACGUUGUGAUUGGACAAAGUUGAUUUUAUAGGAUCAGUAAAUUCACGCGCACAACUCAAUAACAAUAUUAAUCGCUUCUGUAGCAUAUAGAAGGCUACACCGUGAUGGGGCUUUUGCAAAGUCGAAGUUGACAUAUCAACUCGUUGAAGUAAAGUUAUUACUGUCUUAUUUCUGUAACACCCAGUAACCCUUUGUAACCCCUGUAACGUCUUGUAACUUAUGUAAACCCUUAUGAGCCCAUGUAACCCCUUGUAAACCCCUUUAAACCCAUAUAGAGAGAGCGGUGUAUACGAAACUUAAGGUACUGUCUCUUUUUUCUACAGGCUCGAGCUGCUUUUGAAAUCCUCACUUUGCUGUUCGCAUUUUUCUACAUUCUUAUUCUGAUCCGGGAGAUCAUCUUUCAAGAAGGAAUCAAAAGCGUGUUCUGGGGAUUGGUAAGGUUCCCUUAUUACUAAAAUUCGGGGGUGAGGUUGGGGAGUAGGCCAAUGGCUGGUCAUAAUAUGUGAAACUUUGAAAUGUGAAAAUAUUACAUUGCUUGUGGUGCCGUCUCUCCUUGCUCCUUGCCGCUGGGGACGUUUCGCGGGAGAGACGUCUGCGCUUCAACGACAGAAAUGCUAUGUUGAUGACGUAAAUCAGUGCUUGCAUAAUUAAUCUGAUGGUGUUCCUAAUUUUUCGAGAUUAUAUAUUUACUCGUGAUGUUUUGAGUUCUUCUGCGAACGAGUGGCAUAAAAUUAAACCUUAAGUGAUUCCUCUGAAGAAGAAUAUAGUCCACUUAUAAUGACUGUUUUGCCGUAGGUAGAUUCAUCGCGUUUACAUUUGACCUUUGUGGUCUUUUGUCUGUCAUUCGUAAACAAUAGUUAAAAGAAUAUAAUCACUACUUCGACGAAUAAGAGUUCUUGACCAGAUUCUGGACCGAUUUUACGUCCUUAAUAUUGCAUUUCUGUCUCCCUUAUAUACCGGGGUUUCAUCGUAGAAUUACAAAGGUUCCUAUUUCCAUUGAAGAGCUUGGUAACUUGGGAAACAACACGAACCUUUUUCAGCAAGUUUCUUGUUGGUGCUCAAGCGUUUUCAGUUUUUUUACUCUGCUGAUUGUCUUGAUGCAACCGUGGUUGUUGUAUUUUCUCUGUUAGGUCCGCACACCUCUUCGGCUCCUGUUCACACUAUCUUGCGUGCUUCUGCUGGCUUGUUUAAUCACCCGCUUCACGUGUAAACCUCACACCGAGGAUCAUUUAGCAAUCGCUGCUCUGGUAAUGGCCUGGCCAUACUCUCUCAUGUUUUGCAGGUAUGUAGGAACCCAAAUGUUUUUCUUCCCUGGACUCUUGGCCAGGAGUCAACUUGGGAUUUUGUGAAGGCGGCCGCUUGCUAGAGUGUCCGUUCAACUGUAUUCGAAAUACUCAUACUAUGAGGAUUUAACGAUAAAGGAUAAUGAUAAUGAUUAUCAUUAACCAUAAACGGAUCCCAGGUGUAUUUUGCAAGAGAAUGUCCACUUUAAAUUGUACUUUGUAAGCUUACCAAUUCGCGACUUUAGAAACGAGAGGAGAACUGGACCCGAAACGCGUCCCGCAAUUGUUUCUGGCAUCGUUACAGGGGCUCGCAUGUGUUUCGCACCUGUAGUAUACAUUAUUCAUUGAAAAUAUUUUUCCGUUUCUGAUUGGCUAACUGCCGUGCAUAAUUCAUCACAACCAGCUGCUCUCGACCAAAUUUGGAAGAAUUUUGCGAAAUGUGAACUGAUGGCAUCAGUCGUGCAGCAAAAUUGCCAGAUUAAUGAACGGUUAACCGAGAAAACCUGGGAACGAGCUUGAGUUGUUUUGAUUGUGAAUACAAAAUGGCGGAUCAUUUCACUUGUUUCACGACGAAGAAGGAACAGCAAGAACAUCAUAGGCACCUCUACGGUCGACAUCUGCUAUUUGGAGAAUAUUUGCAGAACUGAACAACCCGUUAUCUCCUGAACUUGCCGAUAAACAUGCACUAUCGAAGGUGAACUUAACAUCGAUGGAGGUUAGCAUGUUUUAGCUUGUUUUGAAACUAGGAAUUAUUUUGAAUGAAUAAUAAAACAAUUAUUGAAUUCGCCAUUCGUAUCAUCUGAGAAUUUCGCAGAUGCUAGUUAGCCUCAUUCAGUAAUUGCUGAUUAUGUUCCUGUAUGUUUGUGUUGCAGGGGCUUUGCUCUGGUUGGACCGUUUGUGGUCAUGAUUUAUCAGAUGCUUAAGAAAGAUUUCCUGAUUUUCUUUGUCAUUUACUUGAUUUUUGUCAUCGGAUUUUCACAAGGUAAGUGGACUGUUUGUCGAAUUCAUCUUGCUUCUUCUCUCAUAUACGAACUCAGUAACAGGACUGAUAGUUGUUUUUUGGAUGUGCUGAAAAUAACAACGUUGAUUAAUUGGACACUGUCCAUCGUCCUCUUCUUUCUGCCGCUCUUGUUGCGUAAAUUCACUACUACCGGUGGUAUUGAUUGCGUAAUUUCACAUGUGUUUCUAUUUUUAUGACAUAUUUUCAGCAAUGUUCCUUGUCAUGAGGGGUUAUGAAGAUAGCACGAUACAAGAAAAUCUUUUUACACGCUGGUUUGCUGCGGGGCUAGGAGUAAUCAUUCUCUCGUUAGGGGAAUUUGAGGUAUAUUUCCACUUUUUUAGUUUCGCCAUUGCGGCCAUCAGUUUGUCUUAGGCUGUAUGCAUAUGCAUACGUAACGGAGCGAACCGUCACGUAUCGAAUAGUUGUUCACACUCUACCGGCACGAAAAGCUACCCGGUAUAGUGGGGACGGAUCAGUUUGGGUCUCUGGGAAACUACCCGCCUACCCCUCCCCUAAGCCAUCAUUUUGCCCCAAGUGAGAAAUAAGCGUUAAUGUUAGGGGAGGGGUAGGUGGGUAGUUUCCCAGAAACCUAAAUAAUCCUGGACAUAGCCUUAGUCUAGGCUGCAUGGCAAGUACCGGAGAAGACGUUGGGGGUGGGGGUGGGUGGAUUUGGGAGGGCAUUAUUAUUCAGAUUCCGUGAGAGCGGUUGGUUGAGAGUUCAAUGCUAUUAUUGAAUGAAGCUCGAGGCCAAACGAGAGCAAACAAUUUGAAGUGUCAGCAACGCUGUGUGACUCUCACCUUUUUUUUCUACUUUCAGUUGUUGUAUGAACAGGUGGCGAAUUCUAGGUCACCAUUCAGGGUUUUGGGUUUGGUAAGAAAAUUCAACUUUACUGUAUUUCUGUGUGAUUCGUCAAACACCUCUAUCGCUUAUGGUUACUCCAAUUGUCCGCUGAAUACAAACAUUAAACCUUAAUUAAACAUUAAGUAAAGCCCUCUACCCAUCGCUAAAUGAUAAAAUUCCCACCAUUUAAAAACCUGUUUUCGCUACUAUAACAUUUUCGUUGAAACUCGUAGUAGAAUGACGAUGGCUAUCACAUUUUCUCGCCAAAAUAGCGUUGGUUCGUGCGUGCGCAUUACUUAGUAUUCAGAGAAAAACUCGUUCUCGUUGUCGUCCUUGUCUGACAAUCUAAAGCUCUCUUUUCUUCCCACAACUCGUAUUAUAUUGACGACGGCUAUCACCGCAUUUUCCCGCCAAAAUAACGCUUCUUUACGCACGUGCAAUACUUAGUAUUGAGGAAAUCUCGUACUCGUAGUUGUCCUAAUCUAAAGGUCUCUACCGCCGGUAUAGACUGUCAGUAACAUAAGCUACCUGAACUUUAGUUCGGUCUUAGAGAGUUCAGAGAGAAGCACAGGCGCAUAUCGUGAACGACUUUUAAUACUGUAGAGCCUCUCACCCUUAUCUUUCACCCCUAACAGUUUUUAUUUUUAUUUUUCGUGUUGUCAUAGAUCAUGUUUUUCUUGUUUAUUAUCCUUGGUGCAUUGUUGAUCGUUAACAUGUUAAUCGCUAUGAUGGGUAACACAUAUCUGAUGGUCGCAGAAACAAAGAAGGAGUGGACACGACAGGUAGGGAAAAUUUUCCUUUUGUUCACCCCAUAAAGUCAUUGCAGACUGUGCUGGUACAUCGUGGACGUAUAACUGACCCGGGUAACCCUACACUGGACAAGACUCCCAUCAAUGGAGAGUAUAUGUUGUCUCUUAUCGCUGCAGAAUUGAAACGUAACUUUGGCGCUAACCUUUCUAUUGACAGGGUUCGUACAGAGUCUUGAAUUCUUGAAAAGUCAUGAAGUUUGCCUAGCAAUUUUCCAGACCUGGAAAAAGUCUGGAAAAUGGAGAAAAAGUCUGGAAAAAUGGUUAUAGGUCUUGAGUUUUUUUUUCAAAGCUACAACAAGUGCUCUAGAAGUGAAUUUUUUUUCGUUUUGUUCAAAUUUACUCAUUCAAAUUAACCCGUAUGUUUGCAGCGUGCAAUGAAAAAAGCUUUGUUCCGGCGUUCUUAAGAUCUCUGUUGAUCACCUUCCUUGCAUCUGGAAAAAAGAUUAUUGUUUUGGAAAAAAGUCCGGAAAAAGACUUGAAUUUUGUCUCCAAAAAUCUGUAUGAACCCUGUAUUGACUUCCGUCCCACUGACAUUCGAGUCACUGAAGAAUUCACAAAUCUGAAAUACUACUGCCAGUAACCCAGUAGUUGAUGAGUAUCCCACAAGGAAUGGGGAGGGGGGAGGGAGGUGUAUUUAAACUUCUCAGCACUUCAAACCAGACGUACCGAGUGACGAUCCGUCCGUUUGUUCCCCCUCUGGUUCGUCUUAACUUUAUUGCAGGCCUUCUUUCUGCACUUACUUUUGUCUUCUUGCUGACAUUUGAGUUUGGUUGUUCAAAGGGAGAAUUAAGAUAGAAUCGUCACUCUUAAUGACAUUACGUACAGCUUAAAAAGUAACUCGGCACGGAAAGUUAGACUUCGUAUUAGACUAUUGUGAUACGUGUAAAAUUUUGUUUUUCCUCCCUAGUGGGCGCGACUUGUGCUGGCAACAGAGCGCAUGCUCACACCUAAACAGAGACUUGCUGCGCAGAAAAAGUAUUCACAAAGCCUGGGUACAAGUGGCGAGAGGGCGCUGAUCAUGAGACUGCGGAAUCAUGAAAAUCGCCAACAGGUGGGUAGUAGGGAGGGGAAUUUGUUGUCACUGUACAAAUAAAAUGCACUGCAAGAUAGUUCUAUUUGUGUAAAUCAUGGGAGGACCAAAGCCCUCAUUUUUAAUGGUCAUUAGUGACCUUAAAAGACACCUUCUGCCUGCGAGUACGGGUAAGCGAACAUGUUUGCCACGUAGUUAUAAAAAUGGUAACCAUGAUUUCUUAUUCACUGUUCUACCCGGUAGCCUACCCGUGUCUCCGGGGUAAGAGGCAAUCCAUCUGUACGGGUAAUUUACACGUACCCGCACACGAAAACGUUGUGUCUUAGGAUUGAUUUUCACUGUAAUUUUUACGUGCGUACGUGCGUAAAAUUUACGUUCGCAAAUAAAAUAGAGGCAGUUACGAAAGGUCGCACGUAAGCGUAAAAGUAGAAACUCGCUCAACUUCACCUUUAAUCUCAACACUCUAUAUCUUGCCUCUACUGAAAUUUACGUGCGUUAACGUGCGUAGCCAAAAAUGCGUCAGUGGAAAUCAACCUCUAAGGUCUCUAUAACAAACUACCGUGUACGGCUGGUGUACGGCUACCAAUGUUUGCGGUUAGAUCAUGCAAGACAAAAUUGACCUUCAGAGGUUAUCAAUUUUCUCACAUUGUAAAAAAUCAGCACUAGCCAUUACAGCGUAGGAAUGUCAUUCACGGGAUCAAACAGCACAACUCUUUUAAUGGUGACUGAAGAUUACACCCUAGCAACCGUUGGAUUAAAGCUGUAAACAAUUUAUUUAUCACAGUUCUUUUUGUUAUUUUUUUUUGAAAAACUGAGCUGGGGACACGCGCCACCAUACUUUGGUAAUGAGAUUUCUGGGGUCGUUUGAGGGACCAUUUAGAGUUAUGAUAUAAGCCUUUUCCAAAAAUAGCAUAAUACUUUUCGUUGUCCCUCCAAAAUUGUGCAUUGAAAACAAUGCUUAUGCAAAAUUUUGGAGGGUCAACAAAGAGUAUCAUGGUAUUUUUGAAAAAGGCCUAUUGGGUUUUGAGUUAUGAUAGUGGACACUGAAAACCCGCAUUGGCUAAUAUGAAACUAGCGAUGGUUACUCAAACUAUCCCAGAAGACCAUGUGCUAAAAUCUGUUACCUUGUGUAUCUGAAUUUUCUGAUUCCCGAAACACUAUAAUAAUUGUUGUUUUGUGUUGUUUUUAGAGUCAAGUGUCCCACGAUCCAAAGCAGCAAGCAAAAGCCAACAGGAAAGUUUCCGCCGUGCCUUUACCGAAGAUGGAUUAUAAUUGGCUAGACACUGAAUAAUUGUUGGCUGUUCACAGUCUCCUGUUUUUCCGUUAGAUCGCCGAGAUCGAACACCUACUCUUACGGGCGGCCAUCUUACUCGCUUAAUAUUGUCUCGGAAGUUGUGUUGGUUUCAAUUCUAACCUGGGGAUGAAUAUCAAGUCGACCAAGGGUGGCGAGGGACGAUUUGGAAGAAGGCUAGAAAAUAUCUUUCUCGCUCCCCUGCCCCGCCGUAACGCUAUUAACCAAAGGGCCCGCCCCUCGGCACAUUUGACACCAAAAUGUCUGCCCGUAACAGUGUGCGCUCCAUCUCGACUAUCUUACCGAAAGAUAUGAAACUAUGAAGAGUCUUUUCAAUUUCUUAUUACUUGGGUCAGUUUUUUGGAGGAUGUUCAGCCAAAUCCAGGUUUAGUUUCAAUGACAACUUAUUUGCCGUGUUUGUAUUUAAACCUGGAAUUAGAGCUUGCGUGCCUUCGAAUAACUCGGUCCUGGCGCCCGUUUCUCGAAAGUGCCGAUAACAUUUCGGGCCCGAAAAGCUGUUUUAUGUUUGCUGCGUUUGCAUUCAUGAU